UGUCGUAGCAGCCGCCCAGACGGAGCGACUGACGUCCUGCUCUUGGAGCCCUCCAGCCCCGGCGCCCCCAGCCUCGCUCAUUAUUGUUGUUAUCAUUUUUUUUUUUAAAAAAGGCAGAGAGUGCGAAAGGUGCGUGCGGCUCCCCAGGGACCCAGUUCUGAAGCCAGAGAGACAACAGAUACUCACAACAAGCCUUGCUGGCCUCAGAGGCGGGGAAUGCAGAAGAAAUGCUACAAAGAAUCGAGGGGUAGCUCAAAGUCCUUUAGAGUUUAGGGGCUUUCUGCAGAAGUGGCUGAUGUAUUUUGCUGAGAUACAGUGGGCCCUUCUGGACCCAUGCCAGAGACCUGUCUACAGGGACAUUGUGCAGGACAAUUAUGGGACCCUGCUCUCGCUAGACACUGGAACCAUGAACCCUAAUCCUCAGCCCGCAGGUGCCGAGACCACGCAGGCACCAAAGGAGUUACCGGGACGGUCUGAAGGCUCCCUUUACUUGGGUCCAGCUGGGCAUCAAGGUGAGGAUUUGGGGAAGGGAUGGACCAAACCACCUCUCCCUCCCCCCAUGCCUAAAGACAACCCCUGCAUCCCCCCCAGGGUAUACAUGGGGCCCAACCAGAAUUUGUGUGUCCAGUGUGGGGAUAGUCUCAGCCAGGCUCAGGAGAGCCUUAACCGAGCUCAGCAGAGCCUCAACCGAGCUCAGCAGAGCCUCAACCAAGCCCAGCAGAUCAUCAACCAGCCCCCAAGAGCACAGUAUUCCAGCAAUAAGCUCUACCCAUGCUUGGACUGUGGGAAAAGUUUUGGAGUGAGCUCCCACCUCACCAUUCACAAGAGAACCCACACAGGCGAGAAGCCAUACGCAUGCAACGACUGCGGGAAGAGGUUCAGCCAGAGCUCCACCCUCGUCCUCCACCGCCGCAUCCACACCGGGGAGAAACCCUACAAGUGCACCGAUUGUGGCAAGAGCUUUUCUGUCAGUUCCCAUCUGACCAAGCACCAGAGAAUCCACACGGGAGAGAAGCCUUACGAAUGCCAGGUUUGUGGGAAAAGGUUCAGCCAGAGUUCUACCCUCAUCCUGCACCAGAGAAUCCACACAGGGGAGAGGCCUUAUAAAUGUGACGAGUGUGGGAAGACCUUCAGUGUCAGCUCCCACCUCACUAUCCACCAGAGAAUCCACUCUGGGGAGAAGCCGUAUCGCUGCAUGGAGUGUGGGAAAAGUUUUCGCCAGCGGUCAGGCCUCAGCACACAUCAGAAAGUCCAUAUGGUGGCCCUUCAGAGAUCUUACAAGUGAAGGUGGGACCCCCCCAAACCCACCCUCUGAUUCCCAUCAAAAGUUCCCAUUUCACCAAUACAAACAAACCCACUGGGAGGGAGGAAGUAACUGCAUUUUCUAAAGAAAUCCAGAAUUCAGCAGCCAGAUUUUGUAAUAACAACUAUUUUUAAAAAAGAGACACAAAUGUGCAUACUUUGCCUUAAUCUGCAUGCUUUAUUGUAGGUCAACUGUGAGAAAGAUGGAAUUGUUGUCAGACUCUCUCUUCCUCUUCUUCUUUUUAGUGAUGGAGACUUUUAAGAAUGGUAGGGAUCAACAGAAAUGUUGUGCUGGAAAAUGCUGUCAAGUCACAGCGGACUUAUGGCAACCCCGUAGGUUUUUCAAGGCAAGAGAUGUUCAGAGGAGGUUUGUCAUUGGCUACCUCUGCACAAUGACCCUGGUAUUCCACAGAGGUCUGCCAUCCAAAUACUAACCAGGGCCGACCCUGCUUAGCUUCCAAGAUCUGACAUGGUCAAGCUAGUAGAUGUAUAAGGGUCCCAAACCUACAGACUGCAGUUAACAUUCCAAAAGAAAGUGCAGAAGAUCAAAUAUACUUGGAUGUUACAGUGACUGGAUGUAGUUUCUUUGCCCUCAAAGGAGCCUUGACAAGCCUUGUGACUUUCCAGCCUUUGCUUGACAGCUUCUGAAACAUACUGUUCAGUGGAGAGACUCUGGUUGGAGACAAAAAGAGCAGGCUGUCAUUGUGCUUUUUAGGAGCCUGGUGGAGCUAUGUGAGAAACUCAGGACACCAUUAAUUUGGGAUGUGUGUGUCUGGAAUGUCAUCCCUUCUCCACCCUACUGUGGAAUUAGGGAUUUUUCUGGAUUGCAGCAAUUGAUGCUCACUUGUUGCAUGAGAUCUGGUCAUGUUCUCUCCAGAAGGCACUUCUGCUUGGGGAUAUUGCAUUUGCCCAGGAAUUUAAUCCCAAUAUAUUGUGACUGGGAACAUGUCCUUGUAGCUACCAAUUAAGAGGGCUGUUUGAACUGGGGGGGAAGUGUAAAAGACUGGGGAAGGCAAUGGCAAACCACCCUGUAAAAAGUCGGCCGUGAAAACGUUGUGAAAGCAACGUCACCCCAGAGUCGGAAACGACUGGUGCUUGCACAGGGGACCUUUCCUUCCUUACCUUGAAAUGUCAUUGUGUCAGUUUCACAGACAGUUAUUGGCUAGUGUCUAUGCCAUCACUGGAGGCAUUUUACUUCUUUUUCACCUUCUCGUUUUGAGUGAUAUGCUGUACCAUUCCAGUGAGGAAAGUUUGGUAUAACUCAGUGAAGGCAGAGAAUACCAGCAAUACUUUCUCCCCCACAGCUGUGCUCUGCCUUUUUUGUGCAUAUUUUCAUUUGCUUAGUUGUCACUCAGUUCUGUUUUGCUAUUUUUAAUCAUUUUUUUUACAGUUAACUGUUGGUUAUUUUAGAGGUUUAUAUGACUGUAAGCAACUGCAAGGGCCAUGAUUUCAAAUAGUAAGUGGGAUAUAAAUAUAACACAUAAUUUUAACAUUUUUGUCCUCUGCUGAGUAAUACGAUGCUUUUCUCUUUUUAAAUAUGGUAAACGGGCUCCUUCAACACAGCAAGGCUUAUCUCCACAAGGUUACAUGGUUGUGACCAGUGUUCCCUCUAUGUUGAGCUAGCUCACAGAUUUUUAGCCUCCAGCUCACACAUUUUUGUCUUAGCUCAUGAAGGAUUACUCCAGAGCACAAUAAUGUAUGCAGUAGCUCACAACUUUAAUGCCAGUAGCUCACAAAGUAGAAUUUUUGCUCAGAAGACUGCAGCUUAGAGGGAACAUUGGUUGUGACCCCAGAAAUACUAUCUGUGCCAAGUAAGUGGAAGAGGAGGCAGUCAUAGCACUUCCGCCUCUGUUCUUCUGUCGGUUCCUUUGCCUGCAUUCCUUCUGCAUCUGAGACAGUAAUGCCAGCCUCAUCUCAGCAUGUGAGAGAGCAAAAUGAACCCAAGAACUAGUGAAGGAACAGUUUGGGAGAUGCACAAUACAGUCCUCUACAAAGCCCAGGGACUUGGAGCAAGACUACAUUUUCCCAUCAAUGGAACAGACCUCUCCUUCUUUCUUGUUCCCCCUUUCCACUUCAGCCCACAGAUCUCCUCAAAUUGUGGGGAUAGAGGACCUUGAGGACUGAUGUGAUGGGGGUGUCUGCAGUGGGAAAAGGGAAUCUGUAGAAAUCUGGACUGGAUCCAACCCACUGACUUCAAUGAACUUAGAAGGGUGUAACUCUGCUUAGCAUGGCGCUGGUAGUUGUUCUGUCUGCACUUUUAAGCAGGAUCUCUAGGUUGGAACUGGCACUUACUUGGUUAUGAAUGGACAGCAUAUCUAACGUUACUGCCACUGGAUCUGGGCUAGCAAAGCUCAAGUCCUAAGGGGAAAGUCUGUUUUGUUUGCAGUAGUCUAGAUGCCUUUAGAUAUGUCACUUACCCCAGUUACAGAAACCCUUAGUCAUUUUAGGUGCUCUUCCUUCUCUGAUCAGCAGGUAUUUAGAGUUCAUUGUCCAUUGAUCUGUCAUUAAAACUUUGCCCUGGCUUCAUUCAAAGUGUAUUAAAGUUCAAAGAUGUA